CUCCCGGUUCCCGGGACUUUCAGCGCGUUCCCCGGUGCGACACUUUCUCUAGUCUCGAAAACCGCCCUUAUGGCUGAGGUGAAGGUGAAGGUGCAGCCACCGGACGCGGAUCCGGUGGAAAUAGAAAACAGAAUUAUAGAAUUGUGCCACCAGUUCCCUCAUGGAAUCACAGAUCAAGUUAUUCAAAAUGAAAUGCCUCACAUUGAAGCCCAACAACGGGCAGUGGCCAUCAAUAGACUGUUGUCCAUGGGUCAGUUGGAUCUCUUAAGGAGUAAUACAGGCCUUUUAUAUAGAAUAAAGGAUUCUCAAAAUGCUGGUAAAAUGAAGGGGUCUGAUAACCAAGAAAAACUAGUCUACCAAAUCAUAGAGGAUGCAGGGAAUAAAGGAAUAUGGAGCAGAGAUAUUCGAUACAAAAGUAACUUGCCAUUAACAGAAAUCAACAAAAUUCUCAAGAAUUUGGAAAGUAAAAAGCUUAUCAAAGCUGUGAAGUCUGUAGCAGCCUCCAAAAAGAAGGUUUAUAUGCUCUAUAACCUGCAGCCAGACCGAUCUGUGACUGGUGGAGCAUGGUACAGUGACCAGGACUUUGAAUCUGAAUUUGUUGAGGUGCUUAACCAACAGUGUUUCAAAUUCCUACAAACCAAGGCAGAAACAGCAAGAGAAAGUAAACAGAAUCCCAUGAUUCAAAGAAACAGUUCAUUUGCUUCAUCACAUGAAGUGUGGAAGUACAUCUGUGAAUUGGGCAUCAGUAAGGUAGAGUUGUCCAUGGAGGACAUUGAAACCAUCCUGAACACACUCAUUUAUGAUGGGAAAGUGGAGAUGACGAUCAUUGCUGCAAAGGAAGGCACUGUUGGCAGUGUAGAUGGACACAUGAAACUGUACAGGGCAGUUAACCCAAUCCUCCCACCUACAGGCUUAGUCCGGGCACCCUGUGGCCUCUGCCCCGUUUUUGAUGACUGCCAUGAAGGUGGUGAAAUUUCACCAUCUAAUUGUAUUUACAUGACAGAGUGGCUCGAAUUUUAAUAGAGAGCUAGGAAUUUUACUUACAUUUGGCAAAUGAAUUACUUGGAGAACAAAUAAUUCAUGAUAGAACAUCCAGUUUCUUUGAAAACAUACUUCACUAUGAUGGAUACUAACUUGCUGCUAUGAGAACAUAUUUAUUUCCGAAGACAGAGCACAAAGCAGAUAAAGUUUAAUAACAUUUAAUAGGGAAGUCUCUUCUAAAGUAAGAAAAUACCUGGAAGCUCUGGAAGACCAAGGAAAAAGAAGCCAGCAAACCUGACCAAGUACUGUGAUAGCAGCUAGAGCGUGAAGAUGACACGUAAAGUUCCUUCUUAAUGUCUUCAUUGAACUCAUCGUAUCAGGGUUAUUAUCACCAUUUCUGCUUGUUCUUUCUUGGGUUUCGUUGAGAAGAAAAUACAAGUGGUACAGGCAGGAACAGCUGACGAUGGGAAUGUAUGCAGACUUGGGGCCUGAAUGUAAAGUGGAUAUCCCUUUUCCACACUGUCCAUUCCUCUUUAGAGGAGCUGCUGCCACACUGACUCAGUCCCAAAUGCUUCUAUCUAGGACAUGGGUUCAGAUCAGUGGUAUUCCAACCUAAGGGGGAUAAUCUCACAAGUCCUUCAUUGUUAAGGCUGUAAAUCUCUCUGUAUUGGCUUAAUUGUACUAUUUGCCAGAAUUUUUUUCCAGAUUCUUCCUUCAUGCCUAUAGUUUGACCCUCUCUGCCACCGGCAUCAAAUUCCAAUUUGAUCCCCAUGUGGGAUGUGAUAAGUAGGACCUUUGGAAGGUGACAGAUCAUGAGUCCUCAUGAGUGGAAUUAGGGCCUGUGUAGAAGAGGCCUAAGGUGUUCUGUUGGCUCCAUCAUUCAAUAGAACAGGUGAAAGAAUAAGGAAGUGGGCCCUUGUUAGACAAUAAAUCAACUGGUACAUUGAACUUCCCAGCGUUUAGAAUCAUGAUAAACCAUCAAUCUAUAGCAGCAAUUCUAAGCCUGUGGGUUGCAACCCCUUUGGGUGUUGAACAACCCAUUUAAGGGAUCGUCUGAGACCUUCAGAAAACACAGAUAUUUACAUUACAGUUCAUAACAGUAACAAAAAUCAUUAAACACAGUAGCAACAAAAAUAAUUUUAUGAUUGGGGAGUCACCACAACAUGAGGAACUGUAUUAAAGUUGAAAAUCACUGAUCUAUAGUGUUCUGUCAAAAAAGAUAGAAGAGAUAAUUUUUAAUACCUUAACUAAAACUAGCUGGGUGUGGUGGUAUGCUCCUUUAAUCCUAGCACUUGGGAGGCAGAGGUAGGUAGAUCUUAGUUCAAGACCAGCCUGGUCUACAUAGUGAGUUCUAGGACAGCCAAGACUAUAGAGAAAGAGACCCUGUCUCAAAAAAUAAAAGUAGACCAUUGCCCUUCAUUCUGAGUGGUGGGAAUGUGUCUUUUAAAGUAUUUUAGACUGGUCUCCUUUUUUCUUUUCUAAAAACCAUGGUGUGGUGUGUCUAAGCUGAAAACAAUCACUGUAGUUUGUUAGUCCCAGCCAUUGGACACUGGAAAACACUAAGUUAAUUGUUAUGCUGUUUGUUACACAGAAGAUAGCCAUAUGCCUUUUAAGGAUCUCAGCAAUUGAUUCUCUCUUCCCCUCUCUCCCUCUCCCCCUUGACAAGGUUUUUCUGUGUGGCCCUGGCUAUCCUGAAACUUUGUAGACCAUGCUGGCCUUGAAUUCAGACAUCCGCCUGCCUCUGCCUCCUGAGUGCUGGGAUUAAAGGCCUCUUUCACUA